CUUCCCUCCCACUAGAGGUAUGGUCGGAUGAUAGCUGGGGGUGUGAGCGAGCUGUGCCUGCUGGUGAGCGACUACGUGCAGCUGGUAGGCAACGCGCAGGCGCGCUACGGGCUGCGCGCCUCCAGCCAGCUGGCCGCCGUGCCGCCGCCGCCGCCCCAGCCGGUCUUCCCUCCGACAAUUUCUAGAAGUCCUGAGUUGAAGAAAGCUGCCAUUCAGGCAGUUAUGCCAUUUGCCGAAAAGAAACCGUCGAUUGAAUUAAAAGCAGGGAUGCAAGAGAUAGUCCGCAUCACCUAUAUGCAGGACCCCCACCAUUUCUACGUGCGACGCGUGCGAGACGACGCGGUGCUCUCCGAAAUUGAGGAACAACUCCAUGCCGAUCUUGGACGGUUGACGCGCGAAGUCACUAUCUGUGUCGGGAAGAUGUAUGGUGUCAAACAUGAGUACCCAUGGAAACGUGGGCGCCUCGAUAGAAUAGACAUAGACGAAGCAACGAGCCAGCCCAAGUACUGUGUCACCUUGGUCGACUUCGGAGUUACAGCCAGCGUCACUGUUGACCGGUUGUGUGAAAUACCGGCGGCGUUGUCAGACCGCCCUGCUCUGGCGCUGCGUUGCCGGCUCGCCAACUGCGAACCCGACGGCGCCUGGCACCCCGACGACACCACCUUAAUGCUUCGGAUUGUGGACAACUCGCCGGUGACGCUGCACGUGCGGCGGUCGGGCGCGUGCAGCGAGUGCGACGUGACGACGCACGCCGGGCUCAGCGUCGUGCACGUGCUGCGCUUCCACGCCCGCGUCGCGCUCCUCGACCCCUCGCUACCGUAUCCGGAGACGGCAAGCGCAGCACCGCUGCGGCUGCAACCAGCGGACACCACGCUUCGAAAAACGGGCGGCGCCGACGUGAUCAUCACGCACGUCGUGUCGCCAGACAAGUUCUACGUCAGAGAGACUCGCUUACAAGAGGACUACGUGAAACUUUGCGAGGAACUGAACAACACAUACGACGUUCGGGACGAGAGCGAUCUCAUUUUCUUGCCAAAGGAGGGUUCGGUGUGCGUGGCGUUGGUGGGCUCGGAGACGGGCACGCCGUGGGCGCGCGCGCAGGUGCUGUCGGCUCGCGCGGCGUCCGCGGUGCGCGUGUGGCUGCCCGACACGGGGCGCCAGCUGGCCGUGCCGUGGCGCCGCCUGCGCGCCGCCCGGCCGCGCUUCACUGCGCUCCGAGCGCUGGCGAUCGAAUGUCACCUGGCAGGGAUAAGUCCAGUCGGCGGGCGCUGGCACGAGUCCGCCGGCGAGCUGCUCGCGCAGCGCUCCGGGCGCACGCUGCGGCUGCUCGCGCAAGACUCGCGCCGCCGCAGCCUCGGCGCCGCGCUGCUCGACCCCGCCGGCCGCGUGUGCCUCAACGGGGAGCUGCUCGCUAAACAGCUGGCUACCGCUGACGGGUCCAUUGACUUUGAAGCCCUCACUGCGGAAUACGAUUCUACUGAAAAAGAACCAAUCCCACAAUCACCUGUAAAUAGUGAAAACGCCACAUGCAAAAAUUAUAAAACAAUGGCAAGAAGUUAUCAGGAUGAGUUCCAACCCGGCUCAAAAGAAACGCUCCGAUUGGAAGCGAAGAUCCUUCUCUGCGAGUCCCCGUCAUUGAUAUACAUCUCAUUGGUACACCAACAGAAAACAUUCAACGAGCUGUUUGAAGAUAUUCAGAAAUUCUACUCGAAGCGCAAAACUCCGCGCCGCGAAAGAUGGAAAGUGAACGAUAGAUGCUGCGCAUUUUGUAUGCAGUCACAGACAUGGCGUCGAGCUACCAUCCUCAAAACGGAAAAGGACCAAGUCAUCGUGUUCUUUACAGAUUUCGCUCAAACCGAGACUGUGUCGAUAUCGAACUUGAAAAAGUUGCAUACCGAUUUUGAAAUGAUAGGAGACGCCGCUAUAAAGUGUCAUCUAGCGGGGUUAGUGCCGGCGGACGGGGAGUGGCCCUCGAUCACUAAGGAGUUUCUGAAAGACAAACUGGAGGAGUACAAGCGCGUGUUCGUGACAAAAGUGGGCGAGUUCGAGGACAAGAGCAUGCCGAUACAGCUGUGGGUGUACCACACGGAGCUGGGCAGCGCGCUCGAGCCCAACGAGUCCGAGUGGCGCUGCCUCAACGCCGAGCUGGCGAGCCGCGGCCUCGCCAUCGAUACUCGACGGAUUGAGGGGGCCGCCUCUGGCCAAGACGACGAGCUGCGUUUCCUGAACGUGCGCGGCUCGGUGAAGGAGUGGCUGCUGCCGCCGCUGCCCGGCUCCACCAGCUCCGACGACAUCGCCGAGUGGCUGCCCGCCGAGCCGCUGCAAGCCGUCGAGUUCACCGCCCUGCCCACAUACAUAGACAACGAUGGCAUCAUCUACUUGCACGACGUCUCGCAGGAGGACGACUUGGAGUUUAUCCGGGACACGCUCGAAAUGGCGUUCAAAGAGGAGGACCCCAAGGCGCCGUACUGCUCGUGGCGCGUUAGGGAUCUUUGCGUGGCGCGAUACUACCUCGACUCGAAGUUCUACCGCGGGACCGUGCUCGAGGUCAACCACGACCAGGCCAACUGCCUCGUCCAAUACGUCGACUACGGCAACUCCGAGCUCUGCGCCUUUACCGACCUGAGGAAACGCGUUGCUCUACACCAGAUCCCGAUUCAAUCCCACAAGGUGUCGCUCGCCCGCAUCAAGCCCGUCGGUGAGCAGUGGGACCAAACCGUCCUCGACUACAUACACAAGGCCAUCGUCGAGAAGAAAUGCUUCGUCAAAGUGGCAGCCCCGCCCGUCAACGGUGUCACGCCGGUCGACCUCAAGUAUGACAAACUCUGGAUCAAUGACCACCUGGUCGAGUUCGACUUGGCUGAAUAUAUUGACGGCUCCAAGCCUAUAGAACGCAAGUUCAAAAUGAAAUCUAAACAUGCUACAAGUACAACAGAAAAAAACAAAAGAACUGACACUGAGCCGAAAAUUAUUGAAAUAAACAGUAGUUCCGAACCCGAUUAUAUUGUUGAGGAGGACAUAAACUCCUCGCAAACGUCAGGCUCGCCGGACUCCUUCAAAAUUAGCACGCUAGUUGAUCAAAACGGCAGUGCGAGCGAACAAGGCAGCUCCAACUUAGUCUCGUAUCUGCGGCACGAGGAUCGUGAAUUUAGCUGUAGCAUACCCGUGAUAAACGACACAAAUUCGUUAGAAUUAAUGAUCAUUCAAGAUUCGGAAAGCCAUGUGAUAUAUGAAGCACUUUUAGAUAUUGUGAAGGAAGUGGGAAAGGAUAUGCCGCCGUUGGACGGUAUAUACGAGUACAAACCGUGCAUCGCGCUCUUCGAAGACCACUGGUACAGAGCAUCUAUACUAAAGUACAGUGAAGCGAAAAAUCUGGUUAAAGUUCACUACGUGGACUACGGGAACAUUGGAAUAGUUCCGUUGUCUGACGUGAGGGAGAUAAGUAAGGAUUGGGUGUGUCUGCCGCCGGCCUGUAUCACGGCGCGCCUGCACGGCGUCCGCGUCAACCCAGACUUCGACCCGGACGACGUCACCAAAGCCUACAUCGAUACGUUUCUCGACAAAGGGCCAUUCCGCGCUACUAUUGUGGACUAUGUGGACUAUGACAACUCGGUGCCCCUCGUAGAAUUAAGGAAUACCGACGGAGAACUAGUGUAUAAGAAAUUGAUUGAAGAAAAAGUGUUAUUGCAUGAUACACGCGAUGGUGCUGCUUCUGAAGAGAAUUUGGCUAAGUAAUUAAACGAUCUGAGGACUGAUCUGAUCAAAAUUUUAAAACUAUUAUUCAUCAGUUUCGAGUCCAACUAUUUUUUAAUAUCACUAUACAGUCUCAUUAUAGAAAAAAUGACACGCAACGCAUAGUCUAAACCAGCGGUCGGCAACCUUUUAGCAGUCAACGGCCACAUAGUAGUUAAGGAAGUUGACGCGGGCCGCACUUUUGGUAGUAUGUGCGACUUUAUUUGACAUUGUUGUUUGACAAUAUUAUAUGUACAUAAAAAAAUAGCCAGGGGGCCGCUUGUUGCCGACCGCUGGUCUAAACAGUUGAAUAUUUGAAAUAUAUAUUCUUAAGCUUUACUAAGAAAGGAUCUCUUGAAAUUUAAACGUUAAGAGGGUGAAAAUGGGGUUGAAAGUUUCUAACGGAUUCUACGCGGACGAAAUUGCUAUAUCAUUUAUUCAUUUAUUAUAUAUCUAUGUUCCAAUUACUGUGCUGUGUAAUGAAACUGGACUUAAAGUCUAUGAUAAUUAUUCUAUCUUGUUUUCUGAAAUGUUUGAUUAUGUUAUGGUUUAUUAUUAAGUUAUAAAAGUGUUUAUUGGGGCCAGUCCUAUCUUAAUUUGUUAUUAUAUGCACAUGCCUGUGCUUUUAAUGGCUCCUGUACACGAUGGGCUAGCGCCGGCCACUUCAAGGGACGCAGCCAUGCGGUAGAAUGAGAUAGCAAUAUCACUUGCUCCCUCUAACGCAUAAAUGCGUCCCUUGGAGAGGCCGGCGUUGGCCCAUCGUGUGGAGGAGCCAUAAGUGUAUUUUUAUUUGAUUUUGUCUAUGAAGGAUAUAAACUUGACUACAUGCAUUAAAUGGAGGCUUAAAAUGUGUUGGUGCUCAAUUUAUACGAUAGCGCUAUCAUACUUAUGUACCUACGUACUAUUUAUACGUAUGUAUCUUAGGGUUUAGGGGGUAGAGCGCUGGUGGCCUAGCGGUAGCGUGCGACUUGCAAUCCGGAGGUCGCGGGUUCAAAACUUCAAACCCCGGCUCGUACCAAUGAGUUUUUCGGAACUUAUAUACGAAAUAUCAUUUGAUAUUUACCAGUCGCUUUUCGGUGAAGGAAAACAUUGUGAGGAAACCUGCAUACAUCUGCGAAGAAAUUCAUAGGUGUAUGUGAAGUCCCCAGUCCGCAUUGGGCUAGCGUGGGGACUAUAGCCCAAGCCCUCUCGCGCUCGAGAGGAGGCCUGUGCCCAGCAGUGGGACGUAUAUAUAUAGGCUGAGAUGAUGAUGAUGAUGAUCUUAGGGU